AUGGUCAUCGGGAAGCUGGGCUUGAGCUCCCUCUUCCACACGAAGGCCAAGGAGGAGGCCUCGCCGUCACCUCCUCGAGGCGACCCGGCCGCGGCGCCGGCGUGGGCAUGGCCGUCCUGCAAGCACCCAAGAACGCGGUCCUUCCACGACGCGCCGCCACCGCCCGGCGCAAGAACGCUCGCCUCGAUCUUCCUCGACUCCGCCGAGAGCUCCUUCACCAACUCCUCCGCGCGGCGCGACUGCUCCGACAGCCCCUCCACGGCGUCCGAGGUGUCGGCGGAGGGCGGGGGCGACGCCGUCACGGCCGAGGACGCCGUCGUCGUGGGGCCCCUCCGCUCCUCCGACCGGCUCCUGUUCGACCCGGGGGCGUCGGGGGCCACCAGCUCCAUACUGGAGGAGAAGGUGCCCGCGGCCGCCGGCGAGGCGUUCGUCGGUGGCCUGGCCGUGGCGUUCGAGUCGGCGGACCCGUACGGGGACUUCCGGGCGUCGAUGCAGGAGAUGGUGGCCGCGCACGGGGCCGGCGGCUGGGGCUGGGGCUGGCUGGAGGAGAUGCUGGGGUGGUACCUGCGCGCCAACGGCAAGGACACGCACGGCGCCAUCGUGGCCGCCUUCGUCGACGUCAUCGUCUCCGUCGCCGACCCCGGCCGCGGCUCCUGUUCGUCCCGGAGCUCCUUCUGCGCGUCCGUGGACGGAGAUCAGUGA